CCCCCCCCCCCCAGCCAAUAUGGCGGCUCCCUGUGUGCCCUGCGGCACCAGAGUUUCCUACCGGCUUUUUCUCGGAGGAAGAGUUAGCCAGACCUGGAGACAAGGCCUUUGGAAAGGCGCAGCUGCUGAGUUGCAAACAGGCCCCCGGUCCCAGGUAUUAAGGUUCAGACAUACCACAGUUGCAACAACAAAGAAAAAUGUGGCAGCCUUGAGACGUGAAACUUACACAGUGGAUUUUAUUAAAAAGCAGAUUGAGGAGUUCAACAUAGGAAAGAGACAUUUAGCCAACAUGAUGGGAGAAGAUCCCGAAACUUUCACCCAGGAAGAUAUUGAUAGAGCUAUUGCUUACCUCUUCCCCAGUGGUUUGUUUGAGAAGCGAGCCAGGCCAAUAAUGAAGCAUCCUGAACAGAUUUUUCCAAAACAAAGAGCAAUCCAGUGGGGAGAAGAUGGCCGUCCGUUUCAUUUUCUCUUUUAUACUGGCAAACCAUCGUAUUAUUCAUUAAUGCAUGACACAUAUGGAAAGCUACGUGAAGUAGAAAAGCAUCAAAAUCAGUUGCAAGACAAAGGUCUGUUUCCAGAAAAAGCUAAAACCAAAGACCUGAUUACCAGCAGAUGGCUGAUUAAGGAGGAACUAGAAGAAAUGUUAGUGGAAAAACUGUCAGAUCAAGAUUAUGGGCACUUCAUUCGGCUGCUAGAAAGAUUAUUGACAUUGCAGACUGAUGCUGCUGAAGAAUUUGUACAGCGGUUUCGUAAAAGUGUAACCAUUCAAUCAAAGAAACAGCUGAUUGAACCUUUGCAGUAUGACGAGCAAGGAAUGGCCUUCAGCACAAGCGAAGGUAAAAGAAAGACUGCGAAAGCAGAAGUAGUUGUUUAUGAACAUGGAAGUGGAAGAAUAACAGUUAACGGAACCGAUUACCUGCUUUACUUCCCUGUGACACAGGACAGAGAACAGUUGAUGUUCCCGUUUCACUUCCUCGACCGACUUGGGAAACACGAUGUGAGCUGCACGGUGUGGGGGGGCGGGCGGUCGGCGCAGGCUGGAGCCCUACGCUUGGCGAUGUCUAGAGCUCUGUGCAGCUUUGCCACCGAGGAAGAGGUCGAGUGGAUGCGACAAGCCGGACUUCUGACCACUGAUCCGCGCGUCCGAGAACGAAAGAAGCCCGGCCAAGAGGGAGCUCGCAGGAAGUUCACCUGGAAGAAGCGCUGAGGAUGUUUUCGCAGGAAAGGAGGAAAAACGCUAUGUGUGUGGCUGCAUGUGGAGGACACGCAGGAAAUGUCCGCUGGCCACUGAGGGCAGCACUGUCAGCCAUUUGAGUUGUGAGAGGAUUUAUUUUUAAAUGCUACUUUGUAAAGAUUACCUUUAAAAAUAAUUUUUUAAAAUGUGUAGCUUCAGUCUGCUGCUUUAUAUUUUAAGCUUUUUCAGAAGAUAAUUUUCAAAUCAUAAUAAUUCAUAGAAUCUUGGCCUCUUAGACCUGAAGGGAACAUUGAGCAAAACCCAGUCAAGUAACCUCCUUUUGCAGACAGGGAGGCCCAGCCCCAAAGAUCAGGUGACCCACCAGAGCCACAUUGCUAAUUUAAUAAUAGAGUUAGGCUUCAGUUCAUUUCUCCCAAUUCUGUUGUCUUCCCAUCUGACGAUUGUUACAACCCAGGUUUUUCAACACUGGGAGAUGAGAGUCCUUGUCCAGAAGAAUGAAAUAAGUUGAGUGUCUGUGGGCUGAGCUGCCAGGUGUCCAAAUAGCUGACUAAGGCGAGCCCAUUCCCCCCACCGCUCAGCCCCUGGCAACCACCGUUUUCCUCUCAGCUUCUGAGUUUGACUUCUUUGUGCGUUCUACACAUAAGUGAUACUAUGCAAUAUUUGUCUUUCUCUGUCUGGCUUAUUUCACAUAGCAUAACGCCCUCCAAGUUGGGUACAGACAUUCAGUUACAAGGUGAAUUACAUAGUUCUGAGCAUCUAA